CUAUUAUCACCAUGACGGAUGGAAAUGCUCACUCCAUGAAAAAUCACUCUUCGUCUGGCAUCCAUGAAUCCGUUGAUGCUUUGCCUCUUCCUACUCAACUUAUUACCCAGGAACGAGCUAAUCCAUCGUUCCCAGUUCGCGAACUGACUUAUUUCAUGGAUGGAGGAAAAGAAGUUACUCGGCUCAAGGAAAUGGUUAUGCUGCAGUUGGAGCGCGAUCCCGUCAUGAAAACCAUUGAUCACAGCGAUUUAAGUCUGUCCCAAAUUCGUGAGCGGACCAUGCAAAAGGUUAGACGUUUAGCCUAUUAUGUAGCCAAUGAGCCUGUAAGAAACUUUAAGAUGCGUAUGAGUGUCUUGACUCUGGUAGAUCCAGGAACUUGGACUCGAGUAGGGGUUCAUUUUGGCCUUUUUUUUGGCGCACUCCAAGGUCAAGCCACCUCUGAACAACUUCAAUUCUGGGUCAGUAAGGGUGCUGUCACUCUAAAUGGUCUUGUUGGCUGCUUUGCAAUGACUGAACUCGGCCACGGAUCUAAUGUUGCUGGACUUGAAACUACCGCAACAUACGAUGAAGCAUCAGAAGAGUUUAUUAUUCAUACUCCCAAUCUCACUGCUACCAAAUGGUGGAUUGGAGGUGCUGCGCAAACUGCAACCCAUUCUGUGGUAUUUGCUCGUCUUAUUGUCAAAGGUCGCGACUAUGGUGUCAAGAAUUUUAUUGUCCAGCUCCGUGAUCCAACCACGUUUGCUCUUUUUCCCGGAAUUGUUAUUGGCGACAUUGGAGCCAAGAUGGGCCGUCAUGGCGUAGACAACGGAUGGAUUCAGUUUACUCAUGUUCGUAUUCCUCGAUCGCACAUGCUUAUGAAACACACCAAGGUCAAGUCUAAUGGACAGGUGAUUGAGCCACCACUUCAACAGCUAACUUAUGGAGCACUGAUUAGCGGUCGAGUCACCAUGGUUGUUGAUUCUGGAAACAUUAGUAAAAAAGCUCUUACAAUCGCACUUCGUUACGCAGCUAUUCGUCGUCAAUUUGGCGCUCGUCCUGGCGUGCCGGAAACCAGACUACUAGACUAUGUUAUUCAUCAACAUCGUUUGAUUCCGCUUCUUGCUCAAGCUUUUGCUAUGCACUUUACAGGUGUUGAAGUGCAAUCUAUCUAUGAUAAUCUCAUGGUUCAGAUGGAAACUCUUCGACCAGGGGACAAGAAUAUUCCCCAAAUUCUCGAUCAUCUCAAGGAAGUGCAUGGUACCAGUGCUGGACUCAAAGCUUUUUGCACAUGGAGUGCGUUAAAUGUUAUUGAUCAAUGCCGUCAAUCUCUUGGAGGACAUGGAUAUUCUGCCUAUGCAGGCUUGUCAUCCCUGUAUGGUGAUUUUGCCGUACAAUGCACAUGGGAGGGUGAUAACACAAUUCUUACUUUGCAGGCAGGCCGCUACCUCAUUGGCUGUUACCGCGAAGCCAAGGCUGGAAAAAAACAAGCUGGCGGUGUGGCCUACUUGAAUGAGCUUGACUCGUUUCUCAAGAUUCGGUGCUUGGCUAAAAACGCUACUGAGAUCAGUAUGGAGAUGAUAGGCCAGGCGCAUUGGCUAGUCGCUGCCAAUGUGAUCAAGGCUGCUGGUGAGAACUUUGAGGCAUCUCUUAAACGCGGUUUGAAAGAAGAUGCCGCUUAUGAAGAGUGUUCUCAAGCACGGCUGUAUGCAGCCAAGAUCCAUAGCUACGGCUAUCUGUUCCAUCGUUUCAAGGAUGGAGUUUUAAAGGCACCUGCUAAUUUGCAACCUAUUCUUACCAAGCUGUGUCUGUUGUAUGGCCUAUACAAUAUUUCAGAGAAUACCGGUCCAUUCCUGCAGUACGAAUUUUUCACUUCACUUCAGAUUGAAUGGGUAAAGGCCCGUGUUUCUGAACUGUGCAAAGAAAUUCGCGUAGAUGCCAUUCCCUUGACGGAUUCUUUCAACUACUCCGACUUCAUCAUUAAUUCGCCACUUGGAAAAUACAAUGGCGAUGUUUAUCAAGCAUAUUUUGAUAUUAUUAAUGCUGCCCAUCCACCUGCCAAAGUGCCAUCUUAUUUUCAAUCAGAGAUUUACCCACUCUUGCAUCGUAAGCUGGAAUCGGAGGAUAUACUUGAAUUGGAAGAUGACGAAUAAACACAUUUUGAUUGUUUAUG